GGUGCUCAACGUGGCCGGGCUGCGCUUCGAGACGCGGGCGCGCACGCUGGGCCGCUUCCCGGACACGCUGCUCGGGGACCCGGCGCGCCGCGGCCGCUUCUACGACGGCGCGCGCCGCGAGUACUUCUUCGACCGCCACCGGCCCAGCUUCGACGCCGUGCUCUACUACUACCAGUCCGGCGGGCGGCUGCGGCGGCCGGCGCACGUGCCGCUCGACGUCUUCCUGGAGGAGGUGGCCUUCUACGGGCUGGGCACCGCGGCCAUGGCGCGCCUGCGCGAGGACGAGGGCUGCCCCUUGCCGGCCGAGCGCCCCCUGCCCCGCCGCGCCUUUGCGCGCCAGCUCUGGCUGCUCUUCGAGUUCCCCGAGAGCUCGCAGGCCGCGCGCGUGCUCGCCGUCGUCUCCGUGCUCGUCAUCCUCGUCUCCAUCGUAGUCUUCUGCCUGGAGACGCUGCCCGACUUCCGCGACGACCGCGACGACCAGGGGCUCGCCGCAGUGGCCGCCGCGGGCUCGUUCCCCGCCCGCCUGAAUGGCUCCAGCCCCAUACCUGGACCACCGCCACCCCGCCUGCCCUUCAACGACCCGUUCUUUGUGGUGGAGACGCUGUGCAUCUGCUGGUUCUCCUUCGAGCUGCUGGUGCGCCUGCUGGCCUGCCCAAGCAAAGCCAUCUUCUUCAAGAAUGUGAUGAACCUCAUCGAUUUUGUGGCCAUCCUGCCCUAUUUUGUGGCGCUGGGCACCGAGCUGGCUCGGCAGCGGGGCGUGGGUCAGCCGGCCAUGUCCCUGGCCAUCCUGCGGGUCAUCCGGUUGGUGCGCGUCUUCCGCAUCUUCAAGCUCUCCCGGCACUCAAAGGGCCUGCAGAUUCUGGGCCAGACACUUCGGGCCUCCAUGCGUGAGCUGGGCCUCCUCAUCUUCUUCCUGUUCAUCGGGGUCGUCCUCUUUUCCAGUGCAGUCUACUUUGCUGAGGUUGACUCUGUGGAGUCCCACUUCACCAGCAUCCCGGAGUCCUUCUGGUGGGCUGUGGUCACCAUGACCACAGUUGGCUACGGAGACAUGGCGCCUGUCACUGUGGGUGGCAAGAUAGUGGGCUCUCUGUGUGCCAUUGCCGGCGUACUGACCAUUUCCCUUCCUGUGCCCGUCAUUGUCUCCAACUUCAGCUACUUUUACCACCGGGAGACAGAGGGCGAGGAGGCCGGGAUGUAUAGCCACGUGGACACACAGCCCUGCAUCAACCUGGAGGGCAAGGCCAACGGGGGGCUGGUGGAUGGAGAGGUGCCUGAGCUCCCACCUCCGCUCUGGGCACCCCCUGGGAAACACCUGGUCACCGAGGUGUGAGGAGCAGUUGAGGUCUGCAGGACCUCAUACCUCCCUGGAGGGGGGCGGGGGGAGGGCAGGCGGAGGAUGGGAUAGGGUUAGGGAGAACUAGGCUAAGUGGUAACCAGUGCUGAGUCUUGUGGGUUUGUAGCUGCCGUGGGUACCUCCUGAAGGAGCAAUGAAUGCCAAUGGUUUGUGUUGAGUCGAGGGGUGGCCUCAUUGGUUUGUAUUGCGUUGUGUUGUGCCAAGCUUGUGGACCUUUUGGGGUGGUGUUGAGACAGGCUUGGUCACAUCCAGUUGGGAGUUUCCUAGGUCUGUGUUGGGGUGGUGAGUCUGGGUUAGUCUUGUCCAGCUGUGUUACGCAGGGUCUUUGAGUCCCCUAGGGCCGUGUUGGGACAAGUCUGGUGGUCACUUAAGGGCAUUAUUGAGACUUUGUGGUCACGCAUGGUGUCAUGGAGACGUCUGGACAACUGUGUGGCUUUGUGUUUUUCUGAGGUCGUGUUAUUUUAGGUUCUGUGAACUUGUGAGUCAGGUAGGAAUACAGAGUCAAGUGAUAGAAUUCGAGCUUUCUAGGUCUCGAUAGUUGAAGCUGGCUUGGGCUGUGUGACUGGAUUCAUCUUUGAGGAGCUAUUAGGUUGAGUUGUGUAGGCCUCAGUAGCUAGGAGUUUUUCAGGCCACAGUGAGUCGAAUUGUGUUGAUGUAGAAGCCUGUGAGUCUUUUAAAGUCAGUUCAGUCAGGUCUUAGGACUGUUGGGUCACGGGGCCGUGCUGAGUCCCGCCAUUGCUGAUCCCAUAGGAAUGUUGGGUUGAGGUCCAUAGAGCCGGGGGAAGCGGUUUUGCACUGCUGGAAGCACCAGAACCCAAGGACCGAAGCCCUGGGCAAGAGUCACGAGUGGUGUGGAUGUGGGCGCUGCUAUUGCAGGGGUGGGCUGGAUUCCAAGCCCUGGAGUGAGGGAUUCAUCCACAGGGGCUCUGAGGGACUAGGAGGAGGGUGCUGCUUCUGCUCACCCCACAUGUGCUUCAUUCUGCCACUCAAAGCCCCACUCGCCUGGCCUCCCUGGUGGUUUCGCGAGGAGAUGGAAACACGGAGGCCAGAGAAGACAGGAGAAAAAUGUGCAUCCCACCUCCAUGGGGAUGGGAGACAGAACCACAGGGAGGAGAGACACAGACUCAGAAAAAAAGAGAGGGACAGAGACCUAGACAGAGACCAGAAGAGAUCCUGAGAAAGGGACGGGGACCUGGAAAGAGGGAGGAAGAGAACCAGAGAGGAGUCAGAGACUCAGCAUGGGAAGCUGAGAUUCAGAGAGAGGGAGACAGACCAAGGGCGGGCGAUGGAGGCCCAGAGGAUGUCAGGCACCCAGAGAGAGGCACCUGACACUGGGCUGCAUAGUUGGAGCUGGAGCCCAGAGCCCAGAGGAAGAGAACUAAAAGUGAAGAAGGCAGAAAGACUCCGCGUCCCCAGCCGGUCUCCUCUCUGAAUCACAAGGGAUCCUCAGCAGGGCCCUGGCUUCCCAAGGUCACACAGCAGUCCCAGCCGGGACUCGUGGCAGGCUGCCUGGCUCCAGUCCCCACCGGCUGCGGGUGCACACAGCCUAGCAAGGCCCACAGCCUCCUGCCUUAUAGACAGGAAACUGACCCUGGGAGGGGACAGGAGUCGGUGUCACCCAAGGUCACAAAGCCAAACAUUUCAGAGUCUUUCAGGACUUAAAUGGCAUUGAGAGGAGGAGGAAGAGGAGAAGGAGGAGGUGGAGGUUACAGUCACUAACACAUAUAGGGCUUCCUAUGUGCCAAGCGUCAUUCAAGGCACUUAUAUUAACUUAUUAAAACCUGUCCAGUGGUUUACAGUGUG